CGGCCCCGCCCCCGCACUUCCGGUCGCCUCGGGUUCCGCUGCGGCGGGUGUCUGCGUUCGCUGCUGCCGCCGCCGCCGCCGCCGCUGCUUCCGCCGCGCUCCAGGUGCUUUUGUUCUGAACAGAGGCUGCCUCCUCCUAUGCUUGAAGAAUGGCUCUCCCUAUCAUCGUAAAAUGGGGUGGACAGGAGUAUGCGGUGACCACCCUUUCAGAAGAUGAUACUGUGCUAGACCUCAAGCAGUUCCUCAAGACCCUCACUGGAGUGCUGCCGGAACGCCAAAAGUUACUUGGGCUCAAGGUUAAAGGCAAACCUGCAGAAAAUGAUGUUAAGCUUGGAGCUCUCAAACUGAAACCAAAUACUAAAAUCAUGAUGAUGGGAACUCGUGAGGAGAGCUUGGAAGAUGUCUUAGGUCCACCUCCUGACAAUGAUGAUGUGGUCAAUGACUUUGAUAUUGAAGACGAAGUAGUUGAAGUAGAAAACAGAGAAGAAAACCUACUGAAAAUUUCUCGCAGAGUCAAAGAGUACAAAGUGGAAAUACUGAAUCCUCCAAGGGAAGGAAAAAAGCUUUUAGUGCUAGAUGUUGAUUAUACAUUAUUUGAUCAUAGGUCUUGUGCAGAGACUGGGGUAGAAUUAAUGAGGCCUUAUCUUCAUGAAUUUCUAACAUCUGCUUAUGAAGAUUAUGACAUUGUUAUUUGGUCUGCAACAAAUAUGAAGUGGAUUGAAGCUAAAAUGAAAGAGCUGGGAGUGAGUACAAACGCAAAUUACAAGAUUACCUUCAUGUUGGACAGUGCGGCUAUGAUAACAGUGCACACUCCAAGGAGAGGCCUGAUAGAUGUAAAGCCUCUCGGUGUUAUAUGGGGAAAGUUUUCUGAGUACUACAGCAAAAAAAACACCAUUAUGUUUGAUGACAUAGGAAGGAAUUUUCUAAUGAAUCCCCAGAAUGGACUAAAGAUAAGACCUUUUAUGAAAGCACAUCUAAAUAGAGAUAAAGACAAAGAACUUUUAAAAUUAACUCAGUACCUCAAGGAAAUUGCAAAAUUAGAUGACUUUUUGGAGCUAAAUCACAAAUAUUGGGAAAGGUAUCUGUCAAAGAAGCAAGGACAGUAGUUACAAGUUUCGCUGGCAGUUAGUGAAGAUACUGAGCUCCAUGAACUUUUGCUUUUCUGCUAGAAAUUAUAAUGAUAGUGCUGGACACGGAAGCAAAUGCCAGACUGCUUAUCUUUGGUCUUCCAAUUUUUUGUAAAUUUAAUUUUAUAUUUUUUGAAGAUCAUAGCAAUAUGCUAAGAAAAAUGUUUCCCCUUCUAUGACUAUACUGUUACUCUUGAAAAAUGGUAUUUUCUCCAACAUUUAUUGAGGUGUUUUUCCACCUUGCCCCUCUCCCCCCUAAAAAAGGAAAUAAAAAGUAGAAAAGGAAAAUGGGAGAGAAUCGAGUACUCAACAGCAUCGUUUGGCAACUUUGGAAACAAGUCCUAUCUUCUGUUUUUUUUUUGUCUCACUUUAUCAGCUGCCGAGAUCUGAUAACCUGUCUGGGAACUAGUGCGUUCCUCCUUAAGGGGGGAAAAAAGUUAAAUAACUAGUUUGUUAACCUUAAAAUUACCAAAAAUUUGUAUUCCUUUGUCAUAGGCAGAGCCUCUUUUCUGGAGUUUGCUUGUUCAUCUCUGAAUUCUGAGCUGUCUCAGCCUGGUCUUUAUUCUUGUCAGUGUUCUUAAAUCGUGAUACAACUCUGUGGUAGAGGAAUAGAAGACGAGACUGAAGAACACAGCGAAGGCCCAAGCACGCGUUUGUCUUUGGUGGCUGAGUAGACGCACUGCCUGAGGCCAUUGUCAUCAACGAAGGUGGCACAGGUCACCAAUUCCGUCCUAAAAAGCAUGAACACAGUUUUGUCCUCUUCCUGCUCUAUCUUGUCUUAAGUGCUAACACCAUUUCAGUGAACGUACCUAGCCACAAGAUUAAAUAUAUAUGUUAUUUGCAAUGCUUAAGCCUGCAGAUAUAUAAUGUGACCACUGUUUUGUGUUGACAGUAUUGCUUUCUACAGUUUCUGUAUUUGAAAGGAAUUAAUCCUUUUAAAUAAAUAUGGUGUAUAUUGUUCUUAUGGGACUAUUUCAGUGGUGUAAAUAAUAAAUAUCUUUUCAUAAAA